CAGAGAUUGCUGUAUAUAUGUACAUCUUAUCUGCUAUGAUGGGGAAGGACGGCCAGUCGCACUGCAGAUAACAACGACCCAACUCCGUCAUAGGCCAUGUGAAAUCAAAGCCAAAAAGGAUUAAUAUAUCACGGAAGAGAGAUAUUUAUGUGAAUUGUUCAUAAAAACACUCCAGAAUGGCUAACUUGGACAGAAUUGGUGUGGUCCUGGUAAUUUUAGUGAGUACGUGUUUAGCUCAAAAGGGCAAACUGGAUAAUAUUCCUGGUCUGGAUUUCAGCGUCUGUGAUGUCACUCACAAUAUUUCUUUGUCUCCACUGCCAAGCCUCGCCCCAGACUUCUCUACAGUGCUGGAAUGGAAGAUUAUCAAUAAGAACCUCACAGUCAGUGUUCACGAAUACAAGUCAAAGAUCGAAAUGAAGAACUCCAUUAUAGUUACGAAAGAGGGCAUCACCACAAGAGUUUUAUUUGACAACUUUGUGGAGCAGUAUGCCAUCAUAAAACAGGAGUUGAGCGGUGCCUACACCUGUAAAACGUAUCAACGUAACAGUGAGUUAACACUCAUUGACAAUGAGAUCUGGUACGUCACCACCUCAGAGCUGUUCAAAACCAUCCAGACAUCUCAUGUGCAUUUUGUGGGGACGACAGUUAUACGAGGUAUAGACGUGAACCACUAUAACUCUUGCAUGUUUGUAUACUCCUACAAUAUGACCAUCAAGGUAGACCUGUAUCUUGCAGAGAAAGGAUGGAAGUCACCGUUUGCGCCCCCAGAUGCUGUGAUUCCCGUUAGAAUAGAGAUAAGAGGAACAGUGAAUCUCCAAAAUCCCUUCCAUGUCAUCGGGGACUACCUCGAUUAUAAACCUUCCCCAUUGAUAGAUCAAACUAUGUUACAGCAACCUCCAGGAGUAUACUGCCAUGGUUACGGACCCCUAGCACAAUCCAGACGUGUGUCUAGCAGCUUUUCAGCAGUUCUGGAGAAAAUUGACUUGGAUUUUAAAAAGAUCUCAUAUGAAACUAUAUACUUUGAUGCCGAACGACAAAGAAUACGCAGAGAUCAUAAAUCAGCAGAUGGAACAGAUUCUGACACGUUCUCAGAAUACUACGACUUCAAAACAGGUAUUCUGUACACUGUGGACACUUACAUCGGAGUGUGUACGCUCUCCACGCUACAGAAGGGCGUCCGUUACGUGGCUGAACAAUCCAACAGUGCCAUACCCAAUAGCCUCAGUAUGGUCAAUGCUGCGGAAGUGUUCCACCUCAACACAAAUUUGAUACAGUAUAUUGGCAAGAGAUUAACCCGUGGAGUAUACUGUCAGGUAUGGUGUGGGUUAUAUUUGGACCAGGAGACCGGCAGUAACAAUACAGUGGAAUGGUACUUUACUGAGGCUGCUUGGGUUGAGGCGUCUGGUAACUCUUUGAUAGCUGGAGCAUUGAUUCGCAUGGAUGUCUGGAAGGGAACUGACAACAAACCCACAAGCUACCACAUCCACAAUAUGGACAGUUCCAUUCCACCACUAUCGACCUUUGACCUCAGUGCCUGCUUUACGUCAGAGAAGAAGACUCAUUUCAUCAUAAAGUUUCAAAUACUGGGAAAUAAAAAGUAUAAAGAUAUUAGCGAGUCCUUCCUUCUAAAUACUAUCCAUGAGGAGCUGUCCACCGAUUCCUUUAUUGAUCCAGUCCGGAUCACAAACAUACAGAUAGAGCCCAUCAAUAACAGGUCAUUUGUAUUUGUGGGCACCCUAUUAGACCAGGCCCCCAUCAUCAACCCUUAUAUUAUACCUCCAGUGUAUAAUCGCAUCUCAUUGGACGCCUCGCUGGAUUUCCUCCACGGAAUGAUUGAUGGUACUUGGAAGAAAAACGUUACUGGGAAAACAGGGGAGGGAAUAUUGAUUGUUGGCAACGAAAUCGUAGAGCUGAGCUACAGACAAGAGUUAGCCACCACGACGACGAUGAGUACCCAGAGACCAACAUUUUUAGUACCCACGCUCCCUCAUCUCACCAAUACCUCUGGGGGUCCUCCAAGCCCUGGCUCCGUGAAACCUUCUCCAACGCCAGCCCCACCUUCCACUGGUCCUGCAAGCACAUCUAAAGCCAGUCCAACACUCAAACCAACACCGAAACCAACUCCCAAACCAACCCCCAAACCGCCCGCCAGACCAGUGACCAAACCAAGAGUUACUCCCAGUUCAGCACCUCCAACCCCGUGUAGCUGUCCGACGGCAACAUGUCCGACAGUAACUCCAGCAUCUACACCUGCUCCGGUCAAAUGUCCUACAGUGUUGUGUCCCAAAGUGACGCCGGCUCCGGCACAAACCGCUGCACCAGUCAAAUGUCCGACAGUUACUUGUCCCACUCCGCCUCACCAAGCAAGGUCGUCUCCGAGGAUUCAGACAUCUUCAGCGUCUCCCGCAACAGCGGCAAAUAAUCAACAGGCUUCACAACAAAGUCCCAAGAGUUCUGGAGGUGUUUCAGGAGGUGCGGCUGCUGGCAUAGCCAUCAUCAUGUUGGUUGUAGGACUAGGGAUUGGGUUUCUUGUCACGAGACUUUAUCAUGUGCGAAACAUUCAAGGAUUAUUGCAACGGAAACCAAAUGAUUACGAUGACGAUGGAAAUUUUUAACUCGGAAUGUGUUUAGAUAUUGCAGUUCCCCGUUGUUUAUCUGUUGAUCAGAAAACUUUAUGUUGUGUGUGGAGUUUCAGCAAUAUUUUCAUCAUAUUUGUACGAAAGUGUGUGUUCUUGCCGUAAUGUAAUGGUGUGAACUAUAAUGACAUAUAUGUUUAACUCCUGUCAAAGCUUUUGCAAUGUUUUUGUAUGAAUGCCAAAGAAUAGCCAUGAAUGGAAAAUUUCAUUCCUUGACCACCUGGUGGUUUUUUUUAAUAAUUCUCUCAUGACCUUACAUUUAAUAUUCACAUGACCUUUGUUCAGCCCUAUUCAAUUCAUCAUGAUUAUUGUAAGGAUCUUCUACAAUGAUUUAAUAUGAAUCCAAAUAAUUUUAUUUAACGAUCACAUAACACUUGACUGAUACAGUUUUUUAAGGAGUGAAAAGUCAGGUAAGAUGAUGCAGGAAUCGCACAAUGAUUCGAUACCACAUUCCAUAAUGUGACACGGCUUCACACGACUUGUACAGUUUAAUACGACAGCAGUACAAUGCAGUAUGGAUUUUGAAAAUUGACUAAUAGAGUACAGAAGUUUUUAACAGUUUUCGACUAAGAAUACUCAAAAACAAUAGCAAAACCGUGAUUUUUGAACAUUUUCAACGUUGAUACAUGUAUAAGCAAAGCAAAACGCAGGAUCCAAAACACACUACAAUCACAGAGCUCGUUUGCAGGGUGACCUUCACAAAUGCAGGUGACAUUGGAAGUAAGAGAAAUAGUUCUUAUGAACACUUUUGAGCGACAACCUGGCCCCAAGUGUGCUCUUGAUCAAUUAUGGUUCAAAUCUCUUCAUCCGUACAGAAAAAGGAUUUAAUGCUUACCUGUUUUCCUGUAUUGGGCCCCGCUCCUCUGCCCCAAGGGGAGGCGGGGGCGUGAUUUCCAUUUAUAUAUCACAUUGAGUUGCCUUUGUCAAUCGAUGUUCCGGACCAGAUUUUGUUAAAAUUUCUUCAGUAAGAAGGGAGGAAGAUUUAGAGUUUAACCUCUAUUUUUAGAUUGAUCAGAAACUCAUUUAUCUUGUAAGCUUAUGUUUUUGGCAAGAGGUCAAAUAAUGCCAGGAAGAUUUCUGGUUCCUUGACAGGGACAAAGACGUUUUUUUGUAUUUCAUGUGAAGCAAAAGGGAUAAUUGUAGGCCUAUAGGAUCUAAUUAUGUUGGCACCACAGGGACAUGAGAAUUUGUUACGGAUAUAUUUGGACCUAGUAAAAUUUACAUGAGUAAAUUUACAUGUUUUAGGGGUUUAGAUCACCUUUCGUUAAAAGUGCCGCCCCCAAUGAUGAUAUAUACAAGAAGCUAAGGGGUGGCAUUUUUACAGUGUAGAAUGAAUCUGAACACCUUGGUUUAGGUCUAAAUAUAGCUACAACAAAUUCUCAUGUCCCUGUGUGUCACUGUCAGUGUUGUUGACUGCACAAAACUUUCACUCAAGUUCAAUUAAUAGUUGUAUCCGAAAUUCAAUAUGGACACCAUCUUUUAUCAUACAGAGAUGUUUCAAGAGGGCAUCUUAAGAAGAAAUAAUAGGAUUUUAAAGUUUGGUGCUUGGCGAUGGUAUUUUCCUAAUAUACUUUUUUUUACUCAAUACUCAAGUUCAGUGCUAGGCUUGUGAUAUUUGCCUAGUAACCUUUUACUCUGCGCUCAUGUUCAGUGCUGGGCUAAUGAUAUUUGCC